AUGGUGGUGUGGAACGACAGUGCGUGAUCUUACUUCUUCACGAUACGAUAGGGAUUUAAACGUAAAUUUCUGAAUUGUAGGUUUGUUUACUAAUGAUUUUACUAUGGCAAACGCAGAAAAAAAGACAAGCGCAAUAGGUGGUGGCUUUGGCAAUAUAAGUGAACCUAAGAAGAAAACAUACUGGAAGAAAGGAGCAGAUAAAGUUCCAGGAAGUAUGCGUCCAGUGUAUAGUGCGAAGUAUGGACCUGAAGAGAUAGCUGCACAAACAAGGCUGCGGGACCACACAUCUACCAAGAGCAAAAAGAAGAAUAAAGAUCCAUUCACAGAGUUUGACCAAAAAAUGGACGAUGCAUGGGACGUGAAUGAAGAUGAGAUUAACACAUUUGCUCAUAGUAAUCAAGCAGUACAGGAGAGUGGACGUCAGCAGAUUGUGAUUCAGCAUGAGAUACAAAAUGAACGUGUUCACGAUACAGAGCAAAAUGUUACUGAUAUAACUAAUUCUAAGUCUCCAGUUACUUCACAAACCUCCAUUGGUAGUAAUGAUGUAACCAUUAAUGAACCCAGGCCUACGAGUCCAAUUAGAAUGUCUUCAAAACCUGUAGCAGAAGUCGAGUUGACUAGACAACACAAGUUUGGCCUAUUAUUAGCUGGUCCAAACACUGAUUUAGAGGAACUCCGUAAGUUAAGUUGGAAAGGAAUACCAAAGCAUGUAAGACCGAUGACCUGGAAAAUACUACUUGGUUACCUACCAGCAAAUAUUGAUAGACGAGAUAGUACAUUAGAACGCAAACGAGAAGAAUACUUUAGUUUCAUUGAACAGUACUACCACACCAGAACUGAACCACUCAAUGAAGAUAUGUUCCGACAGGUAAUAAUUAUUCAGAAAGAUAUACCCCGUAUGCCGCAUCCACUGUUACGUGAAGUGCUUGUGCAAGAGAUUUUUGAAAGGAUUUUAUACAUCUGGGCAAUCCGUCAUCCAGCCAGUGGUUAUGUUCAGGGAAUCAAUGAUUUAGUAACACCAUUCUUUGUAGUAUUUUUGUCUGAAUUCUUAGGUGAUAAUGUAAAGAGUAUUGAAUCUUAUGAUGUGAAACAGCUAGACCCUGGGAAGCUACGGGUAAUAGAAGCCGACACAUUUUGGUGUAUGAGUAAACUGUUGGAUGGUAUCCAAGACAACUACACAUUUGCACAACCAGGAAUUCAAAAGAAAGUUAAACAACUAGAAAACUUAAUCAAAAGAAUAAAUGCUCAUCUUCAGAAACACCUUGAACAUAAUUUAGUGGAGUAUUUGCAGUUUUCGUAUCGUUGGAUGAAUAAUCUGCUGAUGAGGGAGCUACCACUUAAUUGUACGAUACGUGUUUGGGACACGUACAUGAGCGAACCAGAUGGAUUUGCUGAGUUUCACUUGUACGUUUGUGCUGCAUUUCUUCAAAGGUUCUCUAAAGAAAUUCUCGAGCAAAAAGAUUUCCAGGGAAUUUUGCUACUGUUACAAAAUUUACCAACAUCAAAAUGGGGCGAGAACGAAAUUGGACUUUUACUAGCCGAAGCUUAUAGUUUAAAAUACGUAUUUUCAGGAGCACAAAACCAUCUGACACGGAGUAAAUGAGAUCAUUAUUGAUGUAUAUAUGAGAGAUACAAUUAUUGUAGAUUGUGCUUGUACACAAGAAGAGGAUUUGUCACAAAUGAAUGUAUGUUAUUUGGAACAACAGCUGAGCAUUUCUAAACCAAAGACAGUAUGCAUGAAGGUGUAGACAGGUUGCUUAUACUACUAUUGCAAUAGACCUCUCAAUCAAACUUGACAACUGACCAAUCAGAACAGCAUCAAGAAUACACCCAUGUCCUACAUACACAUGUGUUGUCCCAUGUUUGCGUAUGUUUUUUGAAACUUGUUUCAUGGGACUUGGCUAAGCAGAAUGAUCCAUUGUUGUAUCUUGUUACUAGGCCCACUGAAAUGUAUAGCUCCAUGUUACCAUGGUUACAAAGCAUAGGUUCAGUGAUCUCCUCUUGCCUGGAAUUCCUGACAAGCUGUGAAACCUCCAAAGUUGCCAAACGUGAGCCUUUCACUAUUUUUGUUCUUCACUGUUAAAAGUCCUUAAGCUCUGUCAGCACUAUCAAAUUUCAAAAAACUGUUGUAUGCCCAUAUAUAGUCAUGAUGUGCCUAUGUAUGGUCAUGAUCUGAUGUCAUCAUGACCAUAUUUAGGCAUGUCACAUGUUUUUGCCAAAUUAAAAUUUGAUAGUCUGGCUAGGGUUUAAAGUCAUAAAUUAUCAUAGUACAUAUUUUUUUUUUAUAGGAAUUUUAAUACCUAAUAAUUUAUACUCUAAUCUGUCUGCAUUAUGUUCACCAUUUGUGUGCUGAUGUUAAAUGUGAGACCCAAAAGAAUUGAGGCAGCUCAGAAAAAUAGUUUGAACUGGCUUUAGUAUGAUAUGAGUUUAUGAGUUAUGAAUGGCACUGCUAUACUCAAUACAUGGAGUGGAGUGGCAUAGCUUAGUGGUUAAGAUACUUACCUUCUAAUCCCAGGGUCUUAUUCCCAUUCUUGUGACAGCAGGACUGAGGGCUUUUCUCACGACAAAAAACGACUCAACUCCCCUAAGCCUAUUAAUGGGACUUCGCUGAUAAAAGCAUCACAUUAUUUCAUUUAUUUACAGAGGGCCCCUGAACAUCAGCACACCUUCUAGGAUACGCUGGAAGGGUUACCCUCUAUAAAUAUGGAAGAGAAAAAAAAAACAGAAGAUAAGCAAAACUUAUAAAAUCAUUUAUGAAGGCAAUUCACAUGGGUUAAUUAUAUAUUAUAGACAGGAUGCAAAUUACAUUUAUUUUAAAUAUUUCAUUUACAUAUUUUGGUUUUUCAUUCAUGUAAUUUUUUUCAAAAUAUGAAACAUUAAAAUUAUUAUUUAAUCUAAUUUUUUUAAUCAAUAAUCAUCGUGUUCCUAUGUAUUUAAAAAACGGCUGUGAGAAUUCUUCAUCUAUUAUGUCAUUUAUUAUUAAAUUGAUGUCAAAACAGUAAUUGAAGUAUUAUUUCCAAGUUAAAUACAAAUUAUUUAAAUAUAUUCAAAUUAAAUUCUCAAAAAAUAAAGGUGAAAAUGAUGUAGUAUACAUGUUUAAAUGUAUUUUACAUCUAUGUUACUUUUUGUUCUGUUUUUAAUAAUUUUUUUUAGAUUUCUGUAAAUAAAUUAAUAUUCUUUGUUAAAAAGCAUAUUUACGUUACUGGUAUUUGUUAGUAAUAUCAUUAUUUUACUGAUAUAUAAUUAUUAAAAUAUUUCCACUUAUCAACUGUACUGGUUGUUAGGCUGUGUUACUAAUUUUUGCCAAUAAUAUUUGAAGGAAAAAACAACCAUUAA